GCUGUUUUCGCCGGUCACGUGAGCCUCCAAGUUUUCAGCCCGUCCCGGUGAUACCGAUCAGUGAGUCCGUGGUCGGGUUCACGCGAGGAGCAUCCAGCAGCUCAUCCGCGCGCGCACGCACGCACGCACGCAGCGGAGGCUCGAGGAGCGGGUGUGAGCGCGCGGACGCUGCAGUCCGGAGGUCCCGGAGCUCAGGCCGGAGCGGGCGCGCUCUCUCCGCGUGCCCGCCGCACCGAGCAGCCUCAGCGCCGCAAGCCGGCCACAGCGCACCGCAGGGCGGACGGACAUGCUGCCGGGGGCCGCCUCGCGCCGCGGCCGCGCGGAGCUGUGAGCGCGCUCUCGGCGCCGUUACCGGGGAUGGUGUCGGGCUGCGGAGCGGAGACGGCGGGGUCAAAGUUCGGCGGCUGCUCCUCGCGCACGCACGCACGCACACACGCGGGGCCGGAGUUCCAGUAAGAGCCCCGCGCACGCGCAGCCGCUCUCAUAAACGCAGCGCAGCUCGCGGGCGGCGGACGGAGGACGGACAUGUACUCUCCGCUGUGCCUCACGCAGGAUGAAUUCCAUCCUUUUAUUGAAGCACUGCUGCCCCACGUCCGGGCCUUCGCAUACACAUGGUUCAACCUUCAGGCCCGUAAGAGGAAGUACUUCAAGAAGCACGAGAAGCGCAUGUCCAAGGAGGAGGAGCGCGCCGUGAAGGACGAGCUGCUCAGUGAGAAGCCCGAAGUCAAACAGAAGUGGGCGUCUCGCCUCCUGGCCAAGUUGCGCAAGGACAUCCGGCCCGAGUUCAGGGAGGACUUUGUGCUGACGGUGACGGGGAAGAAGGCGCCGUGCUGCGUGCUGUCCAACCCCGACCAGAAGGGCAAGAUGAGGAGGAUCGACUGCCUGCGCCAGGCGGACAAAGUGUGGCGGCUGGACCUGGUCAUGGUGAUUUUAUUCAAAGGGAUUCCCCUCGAAAGUACUGACGGGGAGAGGCUGGUAAAGUCUCCUCAGUGUUCGAACCCCAGCCUGUGCGUGCAGCCGCAUCACAUUGGAGUUUCAGUCAAGGAGCUGGAUCUCUACCUGGCCUACUUCGUGCAUGCAGAAUCCGGCCAAUCAGAAAGCCCGAAUCAGGCCAGCGAAUCAGACAUCAAGGAGCAGCCGGAGAACGGUCACCUGGGCUUCCAGGAUAGCUUCGUGACACCUGGAGUUUUCACGGUGGCCGAGCUCGUCCGAGUGUCUCAGACGCCCAUCGCAGCCGGCACCGGGCCAAACUUCUCGCUGGCCGACCUCGACAGCUCCUCCUACUACAGCAUGAGCCCAGGAGCCAUGAGGAGACCACUGCCCAGUACCUCCUCCUCCAGCUCUGCCAAGAGGAUAAAGUGCAUGGAGGAGGACGUGGACAGCCCGGGGGAGGAGUCCUACUACCCAAGUCAGGGUCGGUCUCCAGGCAGCGGCAGCCAGGCCAGCAGCUGGCACGACGUGGAGCCAGCUGGAUAUAAGCUGCGUGGCUCUCUAGCUAGCUCUUUCAUCUCCCGACAAGGGAUGCCGUCACCCGCCAGCGCUCUAAAGAGGUCAGAGAAGUCCGGUUUCUGCGGCACUGCGCCUUCACCGAGCGGCGCUUCCUCCACCUCCUCCUCUUCUUCUUCCUCCUCUUCCCCCCGAACGGCUUUCACACACCAUCACCGGCCCGUCAUUACCGGGCCUCGAGCGAGCCCCCACGCUCCCCCUUCCAGCCUCCACUUCUCCUCCUCCCCCAUCCUGCAGCAGCCUGGCUCCUACUUCUCCCACCCAGCCAUCAGGUAUCACCCGCAGGAGACGCUCAAGGAGUUCGUCCAGCUGGUCUGUCCUGACUCCGCCCAGCAGGCCGGACAGGUGGGCUUCCUCAACCCUAAUGGUAGCUCCCAGGGAAAGGUCCACAACCCUUUCCUGCCGACGCCCAUGCUGCCUCCCCCACCGCCUCCUCCGAUGGCCCGUCCCGUCCCACUGCCUGUUGACGCCAAGCCGCCCUCCACCUCCUCCACUGAGGGAGGAGGAAACUCACCCACCUCACCCACCUACUCCACCCCCACCACGUCUCCAGCUCAGCGGUUCGUCAGCGUCGGACCUCGGGACCCCGGCUUUAACAUCCCUCAGCAACCACAGUGGUACCUGGGAUAAGGACUCCAGAGGCCCCUCCGCCCACCUGUACGACAGAUCGCUGCAGUCUCCUCUCCGACCUUUCACCUUUGAUGCCAGCUGUGACAGAAAGCCCAGUCUAACCUAUCCCUACUCCUUUCCUGUUCCGCCGCCACCAGCACCACACACAGGCUCAGCAGCAUCAGCAUGGCUACAGCGGAUCAAACGCACCGUGACCCCCUGCAAACUGUAUAUCACAGACAUCCGUGCAAACGUAUGGUUCACACCUCAGUGUCCAUAUACAGUGCCAGACCCACCCCCCAC